UUAUUUUUUACAAACAGUAAUAGGAGGACUCUACAGAAACUGGGAAACUCAGCUGCUCCUCUAUCGAAACAACGAAUGAAGACUUGUUUUAUGCCCCCUCUGGAACUAACAGAGAACUAAAUCGAGUCCCUCAAGGCCACCAGAAGCUUCCUGGGAAACCUACAGCUGGACUUGGCCAGGCAUGGCAAACACACAUGGUCAAGUCAUCUUUCCACCCAGCUGCUCCAUCAUCUUCAUCUUCCUGCAGCUCCUGUCCUGCGGCAUCCCUGCAAAUGGGAAAGCUGAUUUCUCUGUCUUUGGGCCUGGCGAGCCUGUUCUGGCUGUGCUAGGGGGAAAUGUGGGGCUACCAUGUCAUCUGUCCCUCAAUAUCAGUGCCAAGGACAUGGAGCUGCAGUGGUACAGGGAUCAGCCAUCCCAAGUCGUGCACCUGCACAAGAAUGGGAUGGACGUGAAGGAAGAACAGAUGAGGGAGUACCAGGGAAGGACCACCUUCCUGAGCGCUGGGCUGGACCAGGGACAGGCCACAGUGAGGAUAAACAGUGUCACAGUUUUUGAUAAUGGAACCUUCCACUGCAACUUCAAAGACGGCAUCAUGUCGGCGGAGGCCAGGCUGUGGCUGAUGGUGGCAGGGCUUGGCUCGAAGCCUAGACUCCGAGUACAAGUUAUCCAGGGUGAAGGUGUCUGGGCACAAUGCACCUCGCAGGGCUGGUAUCCAGAGCCCCAGGUGGAGUGGAGAGACUUUAGAGACCAGCUCCUACCUUCUGCGACCUACUUCUCAGCCUCACCAACAACAGGCCUCUUCUCAGUGGUGUCCAAUGUGACCAUCCAGGAUGAGGUUGUGGGGAACUUCUCCUGCUCCAUCUACAGCCCCCUCCUCCAGAGGAAGAAAAUGGCCAACCAUCACUUGCCCCCUCUGUUUUCCAGAAGUUCCCCGUCAAUGGCAUGGAGGACGGUGCUACCUUUGAUCCUCACUGUGGCAGGGCUUGCCACAGCUGGAGCCACCUGUCUCUUCCAGAAAUGUCAGAAGGACAGGAAUAUGGUUCAGCUGGAAGAAGAGACACUGUAUAGAGCAGAGGAUCAGCACUUCCAAGGCUGGACAAAGGACAAGGUCAUCCAUGUGAGCCCAUCCCUGGACCCUGAUACCGCAAGCCCCAAACUCGCCCUGUCUGAGGAUGGGAAGAGUGUGAGGCGGCUGUUCUUUGACCAGGAACUGCCAGAUGUCCCCAGCAGAUUUGACCAGGAUCCCUGUGUACUGGCCCGGGAGAAGUUCUCUGCUGGGCGGUAUUACUGGGAGGUCCAGGUGGGGCACAGGAAGGCCUGGAAUGUUGGCGUGUGUCUGGAGAGCUUGGAUCGGAAGGGAAGGAUCCCCAAGGCCCCCCAGCAUGGACUCUGGACCCUGGAGCUCUACAAGAAGACGUUCUGGGCCCUCGCCUUCCCAAGGGUUCGCCUGUACCCUUCAGGGCCCCUGCAUCAGGUGGGCAUUCUCCUGGACUGUGAUGCUGGCACAGUCUCCUUCUACAACAUGGGCAAUGGAUCUCUCAUCUACACAUUCUUUGGACUCUCCUCAGAGCCCCUGAGGCCAUUCUUCUGCCUCUGGACACACGACACCAUCCCCCUGAUCAUCUCAGAUUUUGAGGCCCCAGAGGCCUUGGGGCCUCCUCAGAACCAGGGAGAGAAGAGGGUGGGGACCCUCCUCCAACAAGACCCAUGAUCUCUCUGCUCUGGCCUGUCAUAGCUUUGGGGGAGACAUAUCCAUUCUACAUGGCAACUAGACCCAUACAAGGAUGCACCUUUCUGAAUUAUCCUGUCUUAUCUUCAUUUUCCUUCCCUGUGGAAUACUGACAAUAUAGUAUGGGCUGAAUCAUGUACCCUCAAAUUCACAUGUUGAAGCCCAACCCCCAGGACCUCAAGAUGGGGCUGUAUUUGGAGAUGGGGUCUUUACAGAAGUGGUUAAGGUAAAAGCUGGUCACUAGGGUAGGCCAUGAUCCAGCAUGACUGGAGUCCUUAUCAAAAGGGGAUCAGAGGUGCUUGAGUGGCUCAGCCAGCUAAGCAUCUGCCUUCAGCUCAGAUCAUGAUCCCAGGGUCCUG